GCGCACUCACAUAAGAGGCUGGGCGGCUCGCGCAGCCGGCAGAGCAGCUUUAACGCUGACUAGGAAGCGAGGCGGCGAAGCUUCAGGGGCGGCGGCCUCGUGCCCAGCUGGUGUCCCUCCAGGUGUCCCACGGGCGCUGCUGGCCCAGUGUUCGUCCGGGUUCAGUGUACACUUCCCACCCUCCGUCCCCGAGACUGCUCGGGCUCAGCUUGAGUCCAUCAGAGUUCUGGCAGGAGUGUAAAGUCCAGAAUGGAGGCCACCGGAAGCCUGGUGUCCACUCCCAAAGCACUGCCCUACUUUGUGGCUCUGUCCCAGAUUCUGGGCCUAACUGUGGUGGCUGUGACUGGGGCAUGGCUUGGCCUGUAUCGUGGUGGCCUUGCCUGGGAGAGUUCCCUGCAGUUCAAUGUGCAUCCGCUCUGCAUGGUCAUAGGCAUGGUCUUCCUGCAGGGAGAUGCACUACUAGUUUAUCGGGUGUUCAGGAAUGAGACGAAGCGUACCACAAAGAUCCUGCAUGGGUUGCUACACAUCUUUGCCCUUAUCAUCGCUUUGGUUGGACUCGUGGCUGUAUUCGAUUAUCACAGUAAAAUGAACUAUGCUGACUUAUAUAGUCUGCAUAGUUGGUGCGGGCUGCUCAUCUUUAUCCUCUAUUUUGUACAGUGGCUCUUGGGCUUCAGCUUUUUCCUGUUCCCUGGAGCAUCGUUUUCUCUUCGAAACCAGUAUCGCCCACAGCACGUCUUCUUCGGCGCCACACUCUUUGUUCUUUCUGUGGGCACGACCCUGCUGGGCAUCAAGGAGGCGCUACUGCUGGGGCUCUCGAAGAAGUACAGUAUGUUCCAGCCUGAGGGCAUCUUGGCUAACGUAUUGGGUCUGCUGCUGAUCUGCUUUGCUGUGGUCGUGCUCUACAUCCUGACCAGAGAGGGCUGGGUUCGGCCUCCUCGGGCUGAGGAGCAAGCACUCUCCAUGGAUUUUAAGACUUUAACGGAAGGAGAUAGCCCCGGCUCUCAGUGAUGGCCAGAUCUAGCCAUGAUGGGGUGGGAAGUGGGGAUGUGGUGAGCAAUCGCUUCAGUUCCACUUGGGUGUUGGAACAUGUCUUUUUAUUCCCUCCUCCCUGCUGUGCCAUCCCGCCAUCUCUUUGAGAACUUUCAGAGUACCGCUGAGGCUAUUCCUGGGCAGUAGCAGGAUGCUAAGGAAAAAGUGCCCUCCAAUUGAUAGUGGGGAUCAGCCAGUGGGGAAGUCUGACUGUGUUUAUCCACCCUGGCUGCUGGACGCUCAGCCUGUCUUUCCUAGCCUUUCCUUUGUAUUUUUGCUUUCCUUCUCCAUACCUUGACUUUCAGCAAAAUUAGUAGCAUGCAUUUCUCGUGCAGCUCUUCCUUCUCUCUCCAAAGCUGGCCCAGGAGCAGGGGGCUCCAGACAGAGAAUGAAGACUCCUAAAAGAGACUCACCAGUCAGAAAGGUGGUUCAGCAUUUAGGUGCUCAUGUAACGGGUCUUUUAGAGCUGAAAGGGAAACAGCAUCAUUUUACAGAUGGGGAAAGUGAGAUUUAGCAUUGAAAUAACUUGCCUAAAGUCAUCUAAUUUUUUUGUACAGUUAUUAUGCCAUAUGAUUGGCUCAUCUGGUAGCUUUAAAGCAAUGGGUCUAAAACUUUUUGAUCACAGAACUCCAUUACUCUAUUAAGAAUGGUUGAGGACCCCCGAAAGAGCUUUUGUUUAUGUGAGUCAUUGUUGUAAUAGUUAGAAAUAUAUUAAAAAUUAAAAUGCCUUGCUAUUAUGAAUAUCUCAUAUCAUUAUACCUCACAGACCCCCUAAAAGAGUCUAAGGGUCCACACGUUGAGAACCCCUUCUCUAAAAUAAACAGAUAUUUUCAAGAAAAGUUCCUAGUUAGGGAACUCUGUUUGGCUUCUGGUUUCCUUGGCUAAAACGCUUGACUUCAGGAGAAGCUGAAGCAUUCUAUGUUGCUUAGAGAGGUUGCUUCCAGAUGCCGGGCUUGGCAUUGAGGACUAUAAAGAGAGAGGGUGCUCUGCUGUCUGGACUCUGAGAAAAAGCACUAAGGGUCUCAGGUAUUGGAAAUCAGGCACCGAAGUCCAUUCUCUGUGGUUACAUCAAAGUUAAAGCAAACAUUCAGUUAUUCCAAACAAAGCAUUAGCCUUUGGAAGGGAAAACAAUUGAGAUCCUAUGGAAACCGUUUGUGUUUAGAGUCAUGUGCUCAGGGCCAAGUAUGGCCUUGAGACUACCCAACUGCUAUGGUGAUAGGAGGGCAUCAUGAUGUAUUUAAUUUUACUCAGGACCAUUAAGGUCCUGAAGUAUAGCUUUCUCUCCUAAAACAAGAUAGGUUUAAUAGGAUGUAUCCUAAUUUCAGGACUGUUUUCUCAUGCCGAGUAGUAUAGUUUUCUUGUAAACUGCUUGAGAGUGGCCUAGGAAGGUGCUAGAGCUCUCUUCUUUCUCCUGGAAAUCCUGACCCUGGGGAAGAGGCUCUUUGCCAAAUAAGCUUGACACUGUCAUGAAAAGGGAGCUUGGAGUUAUAAAGCCCUUCAUCUUGAAUGAAUAGAACAUGAGGUCUGGUCCUGCUUCAUUCACCUUGUGAGCAAAGCUCCUGCCAAGGUGAUUUCAGUUAAAGCUGGACUGGCUUCUGCCAGAGGGUCAGACAGCUUCUAUCCUCUAGCUGGGGUUUCUGGAAGCAGAGAGGACAAAGUCAAAAAUCACAUUAGUCUUAAGUGUACGAGCCCAGGUUUUAAAGCUGAUGUUCCAUGCUGAAAGCAUGUUAUGCUGGAAUCUGACUCGCUGUUUGGCCUUAGUCCAAAAAUAACAUGAUGAGAGCAUUAGUCUUGUAUUCUCUGGUCUUGGCAGAUGGUUCUCCUCUCCCCCAGCCUUUUCCCCCUCUUUGUCUGUGGUUUGACCAAUACAGUGCAAUGAGUGGAUGCUUGUAUUAAUAAAUCUUUGAGGUGGACAGACUUGGGCACUUCAUUUAAUGAAGAAAUUGUCUCCAGUAGCUGUACAGCUAGUAUUACCUUUAAGAGAAGAAGCAAGCAGUGCUCCUUUUUGUUCAGAUUUCCAUCAAAAAGAAAUCUUUUUCCAUAGGCAGAAGUGUGAGGAGGAAUACUUUCCCAAAUAAAUGAGUCACUCGUUGGGGCCAGCAACUAUUCAGUGCUUCCUCUCCCCCACCACUGUAGCAGGGCUUGCAUGGGGGCUUCUCCUUUGGGGGUGCAUGCCUUUUUUCUUCUAGACCCUAGAUUGAUAUGUCUUAGUCAGGUACUAUGUCUAGCUUCUAUAAUCACCUGGCACACCUGAACACCCAAAUUCUAUAUGGAAUUGUUACACCUUGGACAAAUUGGCAAAAUGUAAUAUAAUCAUGUUAGCUAGAACAACAAUUCAUAGGAAAAUGUAGCUUUUGGCUAAUAACUUAUUGCUAAGUUAUAUUUUUCCUUCAAAGUAACUUUAAAAGAGCAAAAUCAAUCAGGAGGCCCUCAGAGUCAGAAAAAUUCUAGGGUAAUUCUCACAGGAAACGUUUGUCUCUUCUCACUCUCCUCUCUUCUCCCCCAAAACCAACAAAAAAUCACCCAACCUUUUAUUUUGCUAGUGGUCAGUCUUCUGUGAAAUGUUUGUGUUGAUGUAGAAAAUAUAUGAUUCAAUAAAUGUAUACAGCAAA